UCCCAUUUCAUUCAUCCCGGGAUUCGAUUCGGGACGGGACGCAUCGCCAGCAGUCAACUUUGCAGCCAGGACCAGGAGACGGACUUGCCUCAAAAAGCAUCCAGUCUCGAUUCAAUUAGCCGUGCUCCAGUUCUGUCUUGGUCGUGCAUUUUUUUGAUUUACUAGCAGAAUUAAUCUUGCUGAAUUGUGUGUCCUUUUAGUUUCAAUAGUGCGCGUCUGUAGGUGGUGUCCCGGUCUUUAAUAUGUUUCCACAACAGUGCGAGCGCUAGUAGCAGCAACAGCAAACAUCCACCACAACCGGAAGUGGAUGGUUUUAAUUUUAAAAAUAUUGAUCUUGCAUUUUAAGUGGGCAGUGUUGGCGCCGUCGAGGUUCAUGCUUAUUACGAAUCCAGAUAAACCUUGUAAUCAAUUCUGGACCGGCAUUAUGAUAAGUUUACGCUCUGUUGUGGUGGUUGCUGUUUUGCUAUUGUUCCUGGUACGGUUGAUUGCUGCUUCCGCCGGGGAUCAAAGCCAGUUCUUUCAAAAUUGCUUGAGGAACUGUGUGCUGGAAAACUGCACCAAGUCCGGACUGGCAUUCAAACGGCCCGGCAGCCAAAACUCGAUCAAUAAACUUCUGCUGUGGACAUGCUACGACGAGUGCGGCUACGACUGCAUGUGGAAAACGACGAGUGCGUUCCUAAAAAGAAAUUGGACCACACCGCAGUUCUACGGGAAAUGGCCCUUUGUGCGGCUGCUCGGCCUACAGGAACCGGCAUCGGUCUUUUUCUCGAUGACCAACUUUGGAACGCAUUAUUCAAUGUUGAAGAAAUUUCGACGGGAAGUCCGGCCCGACAGUCCGAUGUAUACGCUGUGGCAUGCAUUUUCGUAUAUUUGCCUAAACGCGUGGAUCUGGUCAACGGUGUUCCAUUCGCGGGAUUUUCCCAUCACGGAACUGUUUGACUAUGCUUUCGCGUAUUCGAUGGUGCUGGCAUCGUUCUACUGUAUGGUUAUGCGAAUGAUACAUCGGAGGUCUAAAUACCUGAAGGCAUUGUUCAGCUUAUUAUGUAUCGUGUUCUUCAUCAACCACUUCUCUUAUUUAAGCGUUGGACGGUUCGAUUAUGCGUAUAACAUGAAGGCGAAUAUUGUGACAGGAAUGACGGGCGCCGUCGGUUGGAUUUUCUGGUGCCUGUUACAGCGCCGAAAGCGCCGCUACGUAUGGAAGUGCUUCCUCUUUAUCGUACUAGCCACAUCCUCGCUGUUGCUCGAGGUUCACGACUUCCCACCGAUAUUCUGGAUACUGGACGCCCACUCCAUCUGGCAUCUAGUCACGGCACCACUCACCGUACUGUUUUACAGCUUCAUCAUCGAUGACUGCAGAAGCCUGCGUCAGGAGUUGUACGGCAUUGCGGAUGAUGACACGCGGAAAUUGCUGUAAGACUGAAUUUCCGGAAAAUGAAACAAUGCAUCCUAUUAGGAAGAUAAGUAUAACCGAUACAUACAUGAAUGACACGAAGUUCUUUUUGGAGUUACUCGUCUGCCACCGAACACGAUCGGGAUUUCGAUUGAGAACGGGACAAUAAUUAUGAGAAUUCCAGUCCGCGGCGUUGGAGGAGGACGGCGUUUUCCAGGCGUUUAGAAAAUAUUAUUCCUGAGGGUGUUUUGUGCAUCGUACCUAGUUAUAAUUUAGCGGAUAUUUUGGUGGAACAUAACUCCACUGUUCACAAGCCAAUCCAUUCUGGUCAUACCCUUCCGGUGUAUUUUGGAAAGGGUAAUAAGUUAUAUUAUAAACACUAUUUAUAACUAUUUAAAGUCAUUAUUGAUGUUAAACAUAGAUAGGCGUGUAUUAUAGGGAGGGUAGAAUAGACAGUGACUUUUGAUGUUGUACGAUGUAUAGUAGAUUUAGGAAUUUGCGACGUAAGUUUUACCAUUCCUCUUGAACAAUGAAUUAAUUGUAUUCAAA